AUGAGUUUCAAUUCAAACCCCACUUUCAACUUUUCUACAGCGGGAAAUGCUUCCGGUGGGAACAGCAAUUCCAAUUUGUUUGCCGGUACUGGAUCAGGACAAAAUGUAUCUACCACAGGAAACACCAGUACCAGCACAGGUGCUUCCUCUCUCUUUGGCAAUACUGGAGGCCAGACCAGUGGCAAUGCUUUUGCAAGUUUCGGUUCAGCUGCUGGUAGCUCUAAUACGCAGCAGGGAAAUGCAUUUUCAGCGUUUGGAGCGACCACUACCAAUGACAAUGGACAAACAAAACCUGCAUUCGGAGGCUUUGGUAUGAAUACACAACAGGGCGCUAAUGCAGUCAAGCCAGCAGCUUCGCCAUUUUCGUUUGGUGCCUCUAAUACAACUGCUGGUACAGGCGAUGCACCAAAACCUGCUUUUGGAGGUUUUAACGCAAACGAUGCUGCCAGCAAUGCGAACAAUAACAACAGCAACACCACGAAUACAAGCGCAGCAAAACCAACAUUUGGUGGCUUUGGCUCCGUAGGAGCAGCAGGAAGUAGCUCUUCGCUAUUUGGCGGGUCGCAACAGGCUAAAGACACUCAACCCAAGAGUGGAUUCUCAUUUGGUACACAACCUGAACAAAAGACCGAUGCAAAGCCCGCUUUUAAUUUCGGACUAUCUGGAAAUAAUGCAAUGACUACAACUCCGAGUGUCAAUGCCUCUAAACCAAUAUUUGGUGCCAAUACAACUUCAACAUCAAGCUUCACAACUUCCGCUAAACCAACUGAAACCUCGAAACCUAAUACAAAUGCCACAUCACUCUUUGGUGGGAACCACACUGAUACAAAACCAGCCGGUGCUACUUCAGGGUUCAACUUUGGUUCUGCCGCUGGAGAUGCCAACAAGCCAAGUUUUUCGCUAAGUCUGGGAUCAAAACCUGAAGAAAAAACCUCAGGCGCAAAGACAGGAUUCUCAUUUGGUUCAAAAACGGAGGACAAGCCUACAGAUGCUAAACCAGCAUUUUCUUUCGGAGCAAAGCCCUCUGGGACAGAACAAGCCGGUAAGCCAGCCUUCAGCUUUGGAUCAAAACCAGUGGCUCCUGAACCCUCUAAACCUUCCAAUGACAAACCAGAAAGUAAACAGGGUUUUGCAUUCAAUGUUAAAUCUGGCAACAGUAAAGAGGAGACCAAAAGUGGAUUUUCUCUGGGAUCUAAAACAGAAGAAUCUAAACCUGCCUCUAAAAUGGGAUUUUCUCUGGGAUCCUUGAACACGAAUGCUGACGAUACCGAAUCCAAGCCUGGGUUUUCUUUUGGCAAUAAGACUGAAGAUACCAAGUCAGCUUCCAAAGCGGCCUUUUCGUUCGAUAACAAGACUGACGGGUCAAAGUCAGAAUCAAAACCAUCUUUUGCUUUAGGGUCCAACACCUCAGAAAAUAAAGCCGAUCCUAGCCCCGCAUUCUCGUUAGGAGCGAAACCUACCGAUAGCAAAUCAUCUGAUACUAAGGACGAUUCGAAGCCUGCAUUUAGCUUUGGAAGUAAACCUGCCGAUAGCAGAACAUCUGACACUAAGGUUGAUUCAAAGCCUGCUUUUAGCUUUGGAAGUAAACCUGCGGAAACUACCGCUUCCAAAGACACGAAAACUGAAGCUCCUUCCUUUUCUUUGGGCGGUCUGAAACCGGAUACUACCAAAGAAACAACUGAAAGUGCUAAGCAGGAAACUACAACUGGAACAAAGACAUCUACUAAACCCGUUACUAUCGAACCUGUUUCCCUCGACAAUAAGACUUUGGAUGACUUAGUAUCAAAAUGGACCUCCCAACUUUCUGGAACCGCAGAUCACUUUGAGAGUUACGCCAAGAAGAUAAAUCAGUGGGACAAAGUAUUAAUGCAAGGUGGUGAACAAAUAAGUCGGUUGUACUCUGAUACAUUAACUGCUGAACAAUCUCAAAAUAGAGUAGAUCAGUCUCUCUCAUAUAUCGAAAGACAACAAUCUGAACUUGAGUAUUUCCUCGAUUCUUAUGAACAAAAGGCUGAAGAUCUGCUAUCUGAGGUGCUUUCUUCGAGCAACAAUAACAACACAAGCAAAACGAAUGAUCAAAAGAGACAACAAGCCUAUCAUACAGUGGAAAUGCUUGACGACAACCUAAACUCUUUGUCACUAAAUCUUUCCUCGUUGAUUACCGAAAUAAACGAAGUUAGCGAAACGUUCAAUAAGGCUACAAACUCAAGCUUCCCUAAUAAGGAAGAAAACGCUCAGUUGAUCCAGUUAUUAAAUUCUCACCUAGAUGCUCUUAAGUCGCUAGAGAACAACUCUCAGCAACUUGAAGGAAAACUCAAGACGUUGACGAAGUCUCAGAAAUGA